AUGCCUUCCUUCAAGACCAACGCUCUUCUCUCCGCCGUUGCUGGCGCCGCCUCCGUCAUGGCCCACGGCCACGUCGAGAGCAUCAUCGCCGACGGCACCCAGUACGAGGCUUUCGGCCUGUCCAACGCCUACAACGCCAACCACGCUCCCCUCGUCGGCUGGUCCACCACCGCCCUGGACAACGGCUUCGUCGCCCCCUCCGCCUUCGGCACCGGCGACAUUGCCUGCCACCGCGGCGCCACCAACGCCGAGGGCACCGCCGUCGUCGCCGCCGGUGGCGAGAUCUUCCUCCAGUGGGACACCUGGCCCGAGUCCCACAAGGGUCCCGUCAUCGACUACCUCGCCUCGUGCGGCAGCGGUGACUGCACCACCGUCGACAAGGCCUCGCUCGAGUUCUUCAAGAUCGCCGAGGUCGGCCUCAUCUCCGGCGCCGGCUCCUCCGGCACCUGGGCCUCUGACGUCCUGAUCGAGCAGGGCAACGGCUGGCUCGUCAAGAUCCCCGCCACCCUCGCCGCCGGUGACUACGUCCUGCGUCACGAGAUCAUUGCUCUCCACGCCUCCGGCCAGCCCGACGGUGCCCAGAACUACCCCCAGUGCAUCAACAUCCGCGUCACUGGCGGUGGCUCCGAGCUCCCCACCGGCACCGUCGCCACCUCGCUCUACACCGCCGAGGACGCCGGUAUCCUGUACGACCUCUACUCCUCCACCUCGUACGAGAUCCCCGGCCCUGCGGCCCCCGCCAUCGCCUCGGCCGUUGAGCAGGCCGUCCCCGCCGCCACCGCCACCUCCCCCGCCGUUGUUGGUGGUGGCUCCGGCUCCGCCCCUGCUCCCGCUCCUUCUUCUCCCGCCGAGACCGAGACCCCCGCGGCCCCCGUUGAGACCGAGGCUCCCGUCGCGCCCGCUCCUUCGGCCCCUGUCGAGGAGCCCAGUGCCCCUGCCCCCUCUGCCCCCGUUGAGGAGCCCACCGCUCCCGCUCCCGUCCCCAGCGCCCCCGUCGAGGAGCCCGUCGAGGAGCCCACCCCCGAGGUCCCCGCCGAGUGCCCUGCCGCCGCCCGCCGCCGCGCCCGCCGCGCCGCUCGCCGUGCCCGCCGCCACGCCCGUGACGUCCAGGCCGCCCGCCUCUAA